UGGCAGCGCCCAUUGAUAAUAAGAAAUAAAACGUUGAUUUUAGGCUGUAAAGUAGAAAAAAAACACGAUAUGUCAGAGAUAACAAUCACACCACUUGGUGCUGGGCAAGAUGUUGGCCGAAGCUGCAUUCUUGCCACUAUUGGCGGGAAGAAUAUCAUGCUGGACUGUGGAAUGCAUAUGGGCUUCAAUGAUGAUCGACGAUUUCCGGACUUCACAUACAUAACCCGAGAAGGAAGAUUGACAGAACACUUGGAUUGUGUUAUAAUCAGCCAUUUCCAUCUCGACCACUGCGGAGCCUUGCCUUACAUGUCUGAGAUGGUUGGUUUUGAUGGUCCCAUAUACAUGACACACCCAACCAAGGCCAUCUGUCCUAUACUGCUGGAGGAUUAUCGUAAGAUCUCCGUUGAAAAGAAAGGGGAGACUAACUUCUUUACGUCGGAGAUGAUCAAAACAUGCAUGAAGAAAGUCAAAGCUGUUAACCUACAUGAAGUUAUACAGGUUGACGAGGAGAUGGAAAUUAAAGCAUACUACGCCGGCCACGUUCUGGGUGCGGCCAUGUUUCACGUCAGAGUAGGUCAACAAUCACUAGUGUACACAGGCGACUACAACAUGACUCCAGAUCGUCACUUGGGGGCAGCAUGGAUCGACAAAUGUCGACCCGAUCUGCUAAUCUCCGAGUCCACAUAUGCUACAACAAUCCGUGAGUCCAAGCGAUGCAGAGAAAGAGACUUUCUCAAGAAGGUUCAUGACUGUGUGGGGAGAGGGGGGAAGGUACUGAUUCCUGUAUUUGCGCUAGGCCGGGCCCAGGAGCUGUGUAUUCUACUGGAGAGUUACUGGGAGAGAAUGAACCUCAACAUUCCCAUAUACUUCAGCCUUGGACUUACAGAGAAGGCAAACCACUACUACAAGCUGUUUAUCUCCUGGACCAGUCAGAAAAUCAAAAACACUUUCGUACAGAGAAACAUGUUUGAGUUUAAACAUAUCAAGCCAUUUGACAGGUCAUACAUUGACAACCCCGGGGCCAUGGUUGUGUUUGCCACACCAGGGAUGUUACAUGCUGGGCUUUCCUUACAGGUCUUCAAGAAGUGGGCACCAUGUGAAAAUAAUAUGGUGAUCAUGCCGGGCUACUGUGUGGCAGGGACGGUCGGACACAAGGUCCUCAAUGGCGUUAAACGGAUAGAGUUUGAAAACAAACAACAUGUGGAUGUGAAACUGAAAGUGGAGUACAUGUCAUUUAGCGCUCAUGCGGAUGCCAAGGGAAUCAUGCAGCUAAUCUCCUGGUGUGAGCCAAAAAAUGUGCUGCUUGUUCAUGGGGAGGCGGCCAAAAUGGACUUCCUCAAGACAAAGAUACAGGGGGAGUUUGGUAUUGACUGUUAUAAACCAGCCAAUGGGGAAACAGUUACCAUAGAGACACAACAUAAUAUUCCUGUUGAUAUUUCCCUAAAUCUUCUCAAACGAGAAGCCUCAUUUAAAGAUUUGACCUAUCCAGACCCAAAGAAACAUAGAGUUCUGCAUGGUGCCCUACUAAUGAGAGGAAAUAAACUCCAGUUGGUCGACGCCGACGAGGCUCUCAAGGACCUUGGAAUCAAGGAACAUAAUCUACGUUUUACAUCGACGCUUUAUGUCGACGAGACAGGGCCCGCGCAGCAACUCACAGAGAAAGUAUACCAGCUCUGUAAAAAGAAGGUGUCGGACCAUCCUAGCCAGUUGUCAUCGGAUGGUUCAAUAUCGGUGUCAGACGUAAUGAUCACAAUAUCAGGAGAGGAUGAAGAAACCAAAUCCAUCCUUGUGACUUGGUCCCACCAGGAGGAAGACCUUGGCAGUGCUUUGAUGAAUAUGAUGAAGAAUGAGCUGUCUGUUGUCGAUGAAUGAACUCCGCCAAGCUCAGUAUAUAUUAAGGAUAAACUCUGAAGUAACUGUAGCAGCAUGCUUGGACUGUUGAUUGUUAGAGCAGUUUUGGGUCAUGGUGAUCAAACUGUAUCUGAUAAAAGACAUGAACAAUGUUUGGAAGUUCAUACAAGUAUUCUUUUCUUCUGUAUCACAGCAGAUGUAUGUUUGACAUACAUGUGUACUGUGUAGCAUGUUUGAGGCCGUAACUGAAUCUCCCAACCCAAUGGCUAUACAAGUGCUGGACACAUUGUCAGAAAGGAUAAACAAGCAGCUUCUCAGUCAUGUUUUAUUUGACAUUUUUCAUGUUUGCAUAAAAUUACAAAAACAAUAAAAUAUCUUAUCACA